AUGUCCUACAGAGGUUCAAGUAAUGGGGCCAGCAGAUAUGGUGAUGCUAAUGAUUUUAUGGAACGUCAGAAUGACGAUUUAGUGGAGAAACUAUCAAGUAAGGUUGCUGCUUUGAAGAAGAUAACUAUAGCUAUCGGAGACGAUGUGAGAGAUCAGAACCGACUUCUAAAUGAAGUGGAUUCUGAAUUUGAUGCUUCAAAAAGCUUAUUAGGAUCGACGAUGAAAAGACUAGGGAUUGUUGCUAGGUCAGGCGGCGGAAGUAUGCUUUGUUAUUUGGUUCUUUUCUCGCUGUUCGUUUUCUUUAUUAUUUAUUAUUUGGCUCGCUAA